UACGAAAUUCUUACUGUAUUUUCGCGUAAAUAAUACUGCGAUGUUUCGACGAAUGUAAAAAAAAAUCGCGCAAAUUCUGAAAUUCUUCUCAUCAAGAUAAUUCCCGUUUUUCGGAGAACGUGAGAUCACGUUGCCUACCAUGACGGAUCGUUGCUCGAAGUUGGCUGCGUGUGCGCGCGUCCGGGUGAGGACGAAGACGGACCGGCAUUCCGGAAUCAUCCGGAAUAUGUCAGCCGGCUCUUGAGAAGGUUCGAUAUCAACGCGAUAACGCGAAAGGGAAUCAUGAUCACGGGUAUCACGGUGUUUCACGGUACAAAAGCGAUUCUUAUAAGACAAUACGGGGCGAGCGAGUAGAUCGUUAAGAAUUGCGCAGGGAAUUGCGCGCGCGCGCGCGUGCCCCACCGGUUUGUUAAGUUACCUCUAUCAUUUUUUAAGUUUCCCCUUUUCUACUUUUCCCUUUAAAUGGAAGAAACCGUGCUCGACUCGCCGAAAUCGCAAUCAGGGGAAAACAAUUGCGCUAACGAGCCGAACGUUGACGCGAUUUACAGCAACAAUGACGUGGAACAUCACGGGGAGUGUACGCCGCAGCAGUCCGAGAGAUGCAUCAACAAUUCCAUUUUUAAUACCAUUUCCAAGAUUGUUAAUCCCACCACAAAGGUACCAGACAUACAGGAUUUUAAGAUAGUAAAACCAAUAAGCAGAGGAGCGUUUGGUAAAGUAUUUUUAGGGUACAAGAAAUCCAAUCCCGAGCAGGUAUAUGCAAUUAAAGUAAUGAAGAAAAACGAGAUGAUAAAUAAGAAUAUGGCGUCACAAGUGGUAAUUGAGCGCAACGCAUUAGCUCUGACCCAUAGUCCGUAUUGCGUGCAUCUCUUUUAUUCGCUGCAGUCUAUCAGCAGCGUGUAUCUAGUCAUGGAGUACAUGGUAGGUGGCGAUCUCAAGAGUCUACUCAGCGUUUGCGGUUUCAUGGAGGAGUCUAUGGCAGCAUUUUACACGGCAGAAGUCUGCUUGGCACUCGAAUAUCUUCACUCGCAUGGUAUCGUGCACAGAGAUCUCAAACCAGACAACAUGCUUCUCUCACGCGAAGGACAUGUCAAGCUCACAGACUUUGGACUCAGUAAAAUAUCGUCCUUGCAUAGGGAUCUUGAAAUAUCAGAUCUAGUGAAUCCUAUGACUCCCAGUCUUUGUACCAGGACACCUGGCCAGUUGCUCUCGUUGACGUCUCAUCUAUCCUUUGGUUCUGGUCAGAAAUCUACUAACGAAUCCAAUUUCAGUGACAGGAGUACGCCGGCCAUGAACUUACUCUCCGCGCUGCAGAGGAACUGCAAUCGUAAAUCUAUAGAGCACAUGUCACCGAAUUCUGUUAUAUCCUCUAUCGCAUCCGGAGAUUAUUCUCGAAUAUCUGGCGUCACACCUUUUCAGUCGGCUGAAGAUUUGCGUUUCGAGCAAAAUCAUGAGGAACAAAUUACAGAAGAGGACGAGACCACCUUUGAAAAGCGUGAAAAUGGUCUGGAAAGCUCUAGCAGCUAUCACACUUGCGAGGCAUUUUCUACGCAAUCAAAUAAUCGUAUCGAUCAAAAUAUAAAUGAGGAAGGGGAGGAAGAAAAGGACGAGUCUACGCUCGAGGCCGAACAGUCGCAACAUCGGUCUCUUGUACAUACUAGUCCAGUUAGCACUUGCACAAAUUCCUUCGUAAUUCGAGGAUCAAAGAAAAGAAAGCGGGCCGGCGCGGAUGCAUCGACGGGGUUAACCUGCGAGAUCGACGCGAUAGGCCUGGACGUCGAGAAGACACCCAAGAGAAACAACCGUGACUCUAUAUUUCCUUAUACGAGUCCGACGAUCAACGUUGCUGCCACCAAAGCAGCGGAUAUCAUUGCUGGUUCAGCGGAAAACGAUGGGAACAGGACACCGAAUCAGGACACCAAUCAGAAUGCUGGAUCUACAGGUAGAGUAGCUUUCAGCACGCCAGUAUCUUCCGCCAGGCAAAGAGAUCGCAAUGAGCAGCAGAAAUAUCAGGAGGAAGAUGACGCGAGGACUUUAAUCAAGACGAGAUUUCGCCUACCACCAUCCGCUUCACAUGCCGCUCAUGAUCCGCACAUGGAUUCGGACAACGCGUCCGAGGGCCAUCGGUCACCCCAGGGUAUUUCGCCUAUCAAGACCCCCGCGACUUCGGGCAAUUGUUACACGCCUUAUAGAACGCCAAAAUCCGUAAGAAGGGGUGGUCAGACAGGAGCCAACAGAUCGGAUGAUCGCAUACUCGGCACGCCUGAUUACCUCGCCCCGGAAUUAUUGCUUAAACAGGGUCAUGGACCGGCCGUUGAUUGGUGGGCACUAGGUGUUUGUCUGUAUGAGUUUUGCACGGGCUUGCCUCCAUUCAAUGACGAAACGCCGCAAGCAGUGUUCGCGAACAUUCUUGCGCGCGAUGUUCCGUGGCCUGAGGAUGAGGAGGCUCUGUCGUCGGCGGCGACCGAUGCCAUCGACGCGCUACUCACUUUAGAUCAAGCUUCUCGGCCCACAGCAAAGGAAGUGCGCGCCAUGUCUCUCUUCCACGACUUUCCCUGGGAUGAGCCAUCGAAAGCAAUACCCCCUUUCAUCCCGCAGCCGGACGAUAAAUAUGAUACGUGCUAUUUUCAGGCACGAAAUACUAUGCAACAAUUGAAUGUAAGUAAUUGCGAUACAUAGUCUUCCGCGUAUUGCAUGCAGACGUGACAGAAACAGAAGCCUAUAAUGUCGAAAUCGUUACUAUAUAUAACUAUUUUUUAUAUACUUGUGUAUAUGUAUAGCAAUAUAAAAUACAAAGUAUUUUGUUACUACUUGUAA